AUCUUUAGUUAGUGACCCCUUUGUGAACUAGAAGUAAAAUUCUUUAAUCUGACCAUGCUGCAAGGUGUAUCGUACUGCAUUUGCAGGAGUCUACUAAACGAAUUUCAUUGAAUUGAUCAGAGGAGUUCAAAAUGGAUGUCAGUCUACUUUCAGAGGGACUUGAUACUCCAAUGCAAUCAGAAUGCAAUGGAGAAUUGUCCACUACUUAUCAAUGACGCCAUGUAGCUAAGAUGAGAGCAUGUCUCAACCAAUUUUACCAAAAUGUAGAAAGCAGCAACUAGGAUUCUUUCUUGAACAUGCUGUACAAUCUCGUAAUGCUUGCUUUUGGAAGUAUUUUCAAGCAUAGGGAUGGUAGUUUUCAAGAAAGACUUGUCAAAAUCAUCCCUUUACUUUUUUUUUUUCCUGUGAGGGAUCAUAAUUGUACCUCUGUAGAACUCUUGGUAGAUUUUCCCUUUAAAUUAGCAUGUAGUACAAUUGUUAUUAUGUAUGUAUGCAUGCAUUUAUUUGAAUUGAUAAUAGUCAUGAAGCAUUUCCCUGGUGAUAAACUAGAUUCAAGUUUGUAGCUUACAUGGUCUUACCUCUUUGAACGGCGUUUCGUUUCUUUUUUCCUUGUUCUUUUAUUCCCAGCGCAAUUUUCUAUCCAUCAAUAACUCUCAGCUCUUGGAAGAAAGAGCUUUCGUUUCAGCAUACCAUUUCACGAAAGAAAAAAGAGAGCUUCUGUAUAUGUGUCAACAUCGAUCUUGCCUAAACCAAUGUAGAUAUUCACAUGUUUAGGAGGGCUGAUCUUAGUACAACAAUCGUUCCCAGAUGGAGCCCUCUGCAGAAAUUUCUUUUAAGUUUCCGUCCCUUUCACUCCUCAUCCAAUAGCUACACAAAAAUCAUUGAGAAAUUUGGUCGAGAUCGAGCCCUGCAAUCUGGUAGAGCUUUACACGCUCACCUGAUUAUCAACGGGUUGGCUUGUAAACCCCACUUCGCUUCUAAGCUCAUAGCCUUUUAUACUGAGUGCAAACAGUUAUCCCAUGCUCAGAAGCUGUUCGAUGAAAUUCCCAAGUCAAAUGUUCGACGUUGGGUAGCUCUAAUUGGGGCCUAUGCUCGCAAUGGGUUGUAUCAGGAGGCAAUGCAUGUUUUCUCUGAAAUGCAAAAGGAAGGACGAAAGCUCAGUGAGUUUGUCAUUCCUAGUGCACUAAAAGCUUGUGGGCAACUCUCCGAUAUGCGAACUGGUGAAACAGUACAUGCUUUGGUGGUGAAAUAUGAUUUUGAGUCUGAUGCUUUUGUGAUCAGUGCGCUGAUUGAUAUGUAUUCGAAAUGUGUGAACAUCAAGAGUGCAAAAAGGGUGUUUGACAGGAUGGUGGAUAAAGAUUUAGUGGCUCUGAAUGCUAUGGUUUCUGGAUAUGUUCAACAUGGGAUUGUUAAGCAGGCAUUGGUUUUGGUUCAAGAAAUGAAGUUACUAGGAAUGAAGACCAAUGUGAUCACAUGGAAUACAAUUAUUGCUGGAUUUUCGCAAGAAAAUGAUGAAGUGAUGGUUUGGGAAACGUUCAGACAGAUGCGCAAAGAUGGGAUUGAGCCUGAUAUGGUGUCCUGGACUUCUGUAAUUUCUGGUUUUGUGCAGAACUUUUGUAACAAAGAGGCUUUUGAUACAUUUAAAUGGAUGUUGGAUGCUGGGACGCGUCCGAGUACAGCUACAAUCAGUGGUCUCUUACCUGCUUGUGCAACUGCAGCAGAUAUAAAACAUGGAAAGGAAAUACAUGGUUAUGCAAUCGUGAUGGAAAUGGAGAAGGAUAUCUUUGUCAGGAGUGCUCUCAUCGACAUGUACGCCAAAUGCGGGUAUAUCAAUGAAGCAAGGGGGUUGUUUGACAGCAUGCCUGAAAGGAAUACAGUUACUUGGAAUUCCAUGAUUUUUGGUUAUGCAAAUCACGGACAUUCUGACAAAGCAAUUGAACUAUUCAACAAAAUGCUAAGAGAGGAAGAAAGAGAGCUGAAUCACUUGACUUUUACUGCUGCUCUGACAGCUUGUAGUCAUGCAGGGAUGGUACCACUUGGAGAGAGCCUAUUCCAAUUGAUGCAAGAAAAGUAUGGGAUUGAGCCAAGAUUAGAGCAUUAUGCUUGCGUGGUUGAUCUUCUUGGAAAGGCAGGGAAGCUUGCCGAGGCCUAUGGUUUCAUUCAGAGGAUGCCAGUGGAGCCUGACUCAUUUGUGUGGGGAGCAUUAUUAGGUGCAUGCAGACAGCAUGGCAAUGUCGAUCUAGCAGAAAUUGCGGCAGAUCAGCUGGUUAAACUUGAGCCUGAGAGUCGAGGAAGUAGUGUUUUGUUGUCAAAUCUAUAUUCUGCUUCCAGUAGGUGGGGAAAAGCUACGAGGCUGAAGAGGAUAAUGAAGAAAAAGAAACUGAAAAAAUUUCCUGGCUGUAGUUGGAUAGAGGUGGUAUGAGACGUUAAACCGUGGUUGCAACAAGUGAGUUGAUUCCUGAGCGGCCAAUUUCUAGCUUUAGAAAUUUGUCAUAGUGAAGUUGAUGAUUAUGUAUGGUUACCCUUUUGAGUAAUAAAAGCUUCUAUCGUUUCGGAAGAAAAAAAUAGUGAAAUUGAUGUUUAAGUUCAUCUAA